GUCAAUCAUCGUGCUGAAGGUGGCGGGCUGUCACAGCUUGAGGACAUUCAAACGGCAAUUUUUUACCUGCAAAAUUAACAAUACUAUAUUAUUUGUGGGAUAUGAACCAUUGAAACGAUAAUUAAAAGGUUUGUCUGCAUUAAAUAGGACAUAUAACCACCAUUACUACCACUUCAUACAUUUUUAAACAUCAAAUCAAUUAACUUACAACAGAAAGUUGGCCAUCAUUGUACAUCAUCUCUGCUAGCUAAUUAGCCAUAUUUUAUAUUCACACUGAGAGUCAACAAGUUCAUGCAGUUCUCAAAAGACCUAGAUACUUUUCUCGAGAGUUGGCAGACCAAACCAGGGCUGAGAAAGAGCAAGAGAGGACUCCCUGAGGACGACCGUGUUGGCCUAUUUCUGCUUAAUGUUGUGCGACGUGGAGACUCCUCUGGUUGCUGCUUUCAGGGCUGCUCCCCUCCCUGCUGCCUCUGGCUGUGUUUGGGCUAUGGUCCUGACUGAGAAGCAGGGCAUCACCCAGAUGCGGGGCUCCGACUGUGUGGGAGGUUAAGCCUGUAAGCACCAGCAUGGGAGCGAAACAGAUGAAAUGUCUCAGCUCAGCCAGCCCUGCUCACUCCCCCAAAGAGGAGUAUGUUAUCACGCAGUCCACUGACAUCCCUAAAGAAGAAAUAGUCCAUGAUCAGUCUGAGGACCAGGGAGAGCCUCGGGAUGACAAAUCUGAGCUGACAGAGAAGAAAUCUGUCAUAGAGGAGGUGUCUCUCUGCGGAUUGUGUCCCUCCCUCGGGCAUGAUGUGCAAGAGGAAGAGAAGUCCUGGGAGGAGCAGCUGGAUGCCCACCAGGAGCAGCUGGAGAGGGAAAUGCAGGAAGCCAGGAGGAUGGUGUUUCGCCUUCAGGCUUUGCUGCUCAAUGGCUCCCUCCCCGAAGAGGACCAGGACGGAUCUGUGAGCUUCGGAGAUAACCGAGCUAACGCUGAACAGCAGCUGGUUCUAAUCCGCAGUCGCCUGGACCAAAGCAUGGAGGAAGCCCUUGAUCUCAAGAGGGAACUCCUGAGACACAAACAGGAGGCGCGCCACAUUCAGGCCAUCAAGGAUGCUCUGCAGCAGCGCCUGGCAGUGCAGGAGGAUGCUGUGCUGCAGCUAAAGCAGGAACUACUAAGGAGCAACAUGGCCAAAGAUCAGCUGGAAGGGGAAAAUGCAGAGCUCAAACAGAAGUUGAGUGAACGGAGCAAAUUACUCAGUGAAUAUGAGCAGCAACUUGGGAGGAAGGACAGAAUGCUGCAGCAGCAACAACAAAAGCUCGAUGAAGCUCAGCACAAAGCCCAUGAAGUCAGCCAUGGACGGUCAUUCAGGAGUGAAAGCGGUGGUUACAGUAACUCAGUGACUUCAACAUCUCCUCCAGCAUUCCAACGCAUUGCUCCAGGGGAAGAGCUGCAGUUGGUCAGGGAGGCCCUGCGUAGUUUGAGGGACGGCUUUUCUGGCCACGACCCCCAACAUCACACCCUGGACACUCUGGAGCAGGGUGUGUCCAGUCUCAUGGACCGCUUACACUCUUUGGAAACCCAACGCAGACAGGAUAGAGGGGAGGAAUUUAAAUCACCAGGACGGAGAGCCAACUCAACAGACCGUGACUCCUGGCCUCCGAGCUCAAAAAUGGCACACUCCCACAGCAGCCCGGGGUUGGAUACCGCAGUCUCCACUAAAGUGCUCUACUUCACUGAUCGCUCGCUCACUCCGUUUCUGAUUAACAUCCCAAAAAGGCUGGGCGAAGUGACACUGCGAGACUUCAAGGCUGCCGUGGACAGACAAGGCAGUUUCAGAUACCACUUCAAGGCCCUCGACCCAGAAUUUGGCACAGUGAAAGAGGAGGUAUUCCAUGAUGGAGCAGUCGUUCCUGGCUGGGAAGGAAAGAUUGUAGCGUGGGUGGAGGAGGACCACGGAGAGAGGAGGUAGAAUCCGAAAAAACCAGAGAUCACCACUACAAACCUCAGCUGCACCCACUGAACCAGGACUCCACUGAAAAUACAUGUGAUUCCACGAUAAAGAAUACUUAUAAUACAGUUAACUGGGACCAAUGGCUCUAACACCAUUUCGAUAAAUAAAAAACAUGUUUUAAAUGUGAAUGUUUCAUAAAGAAUUUGACUUGACACUCUGGUAUCACUUUUAUGAAGGAAUGCAUAUUAGGCAUUGUUUGCAACUGUUAAAUAAAUGUGUGGGACUUGAUGGUCAGUAAUGUGAUACUUGAAAAAGAAAGUUAAAGGUGAUUUACAAUAAAUAACUCAUUAUAAGCUGUACUCUAAAAAUCUGUAAUCAAUGCAUAGUAUGCAACCCUUAAAAUAAAAAAAAGUGUUUACUGACAUUUUUCACAAGUUCCAGAUUGCCAAAUUGUGAUGUUUGUUGUUUUGCAUCGAUUUUGAUGUUUUAAUAAACAUGAAUUAUUGCAUGGAUCAUUUUGUAGUCAAUUAUUCCACAGGCGCAUGGUAAUGGCACAGUACACCAGCUUCUAGCCAUUACACCUCCACUCAUACACCCACACAUUAAUAACCAAAGCCCA